AUGUCAUUUGCAGAGCCCUGUGAAGAUCGAAUCUCUUUGCAAACCCCGGCUUUCCUCGCUAAGAGUGCACUUAAUCUUGACCAUUACUACAAGCUAUUCUCUAAAGCGAAGGUUGCAAUAUAUGGAGGCCACAAGUUAACCUGGCAGGGUUUAUUCGAAAAGCCAGCAUGGCUGCCAACGAACUACAGAGGACGAGAAUCAACAUCAGAGCGGCCUUGCAUAUGUCCUGGCCUGUCAUAUCACCAAUUGAUUGGGCCAAUCAGCAGGAUAGUUAUUCACGUGACAUAUCCAGGGGGAAGGCAGCCGAAUGAUGGAGCCUUCCCAACAUCAAAAUUCCAUUUAGACUCCUCCAACAGCACCUCAAGCCAUGUCACCACCCACGAUAGAACCUCCAUGCCCUCAUUCGGGGCAGGCGCCUUGUCCAAAAAUAGCAUCACCACACACACCGCAGGCAUCCAGGCUUUUCCCCCAAACAAAAGAUUAUCGUUAUUCCAUAAGCUUCCUGCCCCACCUUGUAUUAAUUCCCCUAUCCAAAUUCUUCCAGCAGAGCUGCUACUCUCAAUUGCUGUCUACCUGACACCAAUCGAUCAAGCCAGCCUUGCGCUGACAUGCCGUUCACUUGGACUGGGACUUGGGCCUCCAGCAUGGAAGUUGACUAGCAAGGCUGGUGAAGCUAGCUGGUACAAGCAUGCGGAUAUGCUAGAUCUAUUGCAAAGGGAUCUCCACAGCGAACAAUGGUGGCGCUGUAAACAGUGCGAGAUGUUUCAUUCACGCAAGAAGAAGGCCGAGAACGAGGCUCUCAGAGGCUUUUUGGGACGACACUUGAGAUUAAGCGGCAUUAUGGGUGCUAGCAUGAGGAACGAGGGGGGAAGCUUGCAAAUAGGGCUGCAAGACUAUCCCGUUUACAUUCUCGACUUUAGUCUACUAAAAGCAGUUAUGGAUCGACAUUUCCUCGGUGCAGCACAUGGUGUGUGUCUGAACACACUGAAAUGCCAAGGAACGCGAACCAGCCUCCUUUCAAAGGCCUCGGAAAUUGUUCUAAAGUAUGAUUUCGCACCUAAGAUAGUCUUGGAUAAGCUGCUGCUACAAUCAACCUACACCUUCCGGCCUCAACCAACUAUGUUCCUUCAGAAAGUGAAGGUCGAUAAACCAUCAGUACAGGACUUCCUCGACCAGCUUCAAUUCCAGAUAUGCAGUCACGACAUGGCCAGCGACAUUUUUCAAAACUCUAAGCCGGAGAUUGUGAAUCCGUUCGCGGAAACAGUCCGGAAAUGCCCGUACUGCCCGACCCAGUCCCAAGUCGGCUACAAUUUACAUGAGGAACUCAUUAUCCGUGUAUGGCAGAAUUUUGGCCCAGGAAGAAGUCCCAAGGAUUCGGAAUGGCUGCACAUGUUAAAGUCUGGGAAGGAGGCGAGGAAAUAUGGCCGGGAGAAGGCGGAUAUUCGGACAGCGUACGAGAAGAUUUUUUGUUCCACCAAGGACGAAUUUGAGCUCCAGUUGGAGAGGUCAGACGGACAGGGGAAUUGGUAUGGUCCGGGGUUUAUGAAGCCCGUGUAUAAGACGUUGCCAGCCAAAGUAGCGGACUAUUUGUAG